AUGGGUGCGAAGAUCCCACGUAACUUUCGAUUGUUGGAGGAGCUUGAAAAGGGCGAGAAGGGUCUCGGAGCGGAGGCUUGCUCGUAUGGUCUUGACAAUGGAGAUGACCUCUUGAUGUCUGAUUGGAAUGGUACCAUCCUUGGUCCUCCGCAUAGUGUGCACGAGAACCGCAUCUACAGCCUCAAGAUUCACUGCGGCCCAAGCUACCCUGAUGUCCCACCAGAGAUCUCGUUCACGUCGAAGAUAAACCUGCCGUGCGUGGAUCAAAAGAAUGGAAAGGUUGACCCCACAAAGCUUCCUUGCCUUGUGCAGUGGAAGCGAGAGUUUACAAUGGAGACGAUCCUGAUAGAGCUCCGUCGAUACAUGGCCUUGCCUCAACACAAGAAACUUCCUCAGCCCCCAGAAGGCUCAACUUACUAGAAUGAUAGCAUACAUCGGCGAAUACUGAGUAUGGAGCAACGGGCGGGGGUUUCAUCAAUAUAACACAGAAAUACCGGGUCGGAGGCACCAAGUCGAAGCAAGGAAGAGCCCUGUUUGACGGAUCAAUGAAGACUACCUGGUGAAUGAAGUGCAUCAGUUUGGAGUUCUGGUCAAAUUUAGGCUGUGCAGCUCAACAAUAGGAACUGGACUUUGACGAAUCACUUAGCAAU